AUUCCAUGCAGGGCCAGUUCCACAAUCCGAGAUUUGGGCCGGGGUUUACUCGGCAACGGGACUGUUCCGGGUUAGUCCAGUCCCAACUUUACGAUGUCUCACGAUACCCAGUUCACGGCCGAGCCUGUUCACUAACACCCUUCGCUCACAUUCCUGGGUUCACGGUUUCUGUGCUUUCCUCGCCGCCACUCGUUCGCGCAUAAUUCACUCGAGCGUCACUGCGAGGUCAGCUCGGCGGCCGGACAGGCCUUUGGAACCCCUUUCACAGAAGGGGCUACGAGGCGAUGCAGCCCGUUCCAGCGCAACUCCUGUCAGCACAGCCUCACUUCACCGAACUUUGAACCGCAGGGCAAUGGCCCAAGAUGCGCGCGAAGUUCGAGUCCAGCCUCCCGACCCAAGCCUACUGCCGGACGAUCCGCUGAUGGAGAAAUCAUCCGCCGCAGAAUGGACUUCGGCGCCUUCAAACCGUUUCCCCGAUUGGCAAAACAACGAUAGCCCUUCCAUGAAUCCUCUUCAUACCGAAUCGAAGGAUAAAGCAACGGCUUUAUCGCCAGUGCUAUCGGACCGAGUAGAAGAUAACUCCGAGGCUAUUCCAACAUGGGGAAGCAAACUACGGACACUGCCGGCUUGGAUUCGGUCCUUUGAAUACCCAGCCGAUGAUGAUAUCGAAGCCAACGCCACGUCCCGGCUAUUACCUUCCCAGCCCAAUGAUGCUCUCGUCGCGCAGCACAAUCACUCACCCUACGCAACAUCCAAGCAGUCCGGCUAUUCUACUCGUGGGGGAAGCCUCGAGUAUGAUUUGGACCGAGAAUCACGGUGGAAAAACUUUUCCAAGACCAUGGCAUAUCCCCGAGAAGCCGGUGUAGAGGAAAAGCUCGUAACGCCAGAAUGGCUAGCGGAGAAUUAUGGCGACUAUUCACAACCAUGGCGCGGGCAGCUCGAACCCGAUGAAAACUCCGAUGAUCCCCUCAAGAAGAAACGGCGACGUGAAAUUUGGUUCAAGCGUUUCCACAAUACCCUUCUACAGAGUCCAAUUGUGCCGAUGAUUAUCCGAUUGACAGUGUGGACAUUUUCCCUAGUGGCUUUGGCCCUAGGUGGUUCCAUUCAACAUCUUUCGAGUAACUUCCCCCGACACCAAGGACCUUCAGCCUUGAUGGCGAUCAUUGUGGAUGCCGUUGCCCUGGUUUACCUCAUUUACAUAACCUGGGAUGAAUAUACAUCCAAGCCGCUGGGACUUCGCUCUCCAGCAGCUAAAGCACGACUCAUUCUUUUAGAUAUUUUCUUUAUUGUCUUUGACUCAGCCAAUCUGAGUAUAGCCUUCGGGUCUUUAUCGAGCGCGGAAGGCGCAUGCACUGAAGCAGAGAUCAACCAAAUGUUGAUCCCUAAGAACGACGCUAUCUGUCAGCGUCAGAAAGCCCUGGCUUCUGUUCUACUAAUUGCACUCAUAGCUUGGCUCGUCACAUUUUCGAUCAGUGUUCUCAGGUAAGAAGCCACCUCAUUAUUUGUUGGAUCUAAAAUGCUAAUCACGGUUUAUAAUGGAUAGACUUGUCGAGCGAGUGUCAACAAAGUAGGUCCCAGACGGUCCUCUACGGAAGCGGCACAGACGCCGCAGUCAUUCUCUUCCUUGUUUUCCUCCUCUCAUUCGCUUGCAACAUCUAGUGUCUGUGGCUGGUACCAUGUGAUUGAUGCAUAUUUGAACCUUUUUUU